CAGUCUGACAGCAGUCUUGUCAAAACGCCAAUCGUAGCUUUCUUUAGGCGGAGUGUUUGAAGUCCAGUGUAAUUUAGAACUGCAGCGUUUGUGCAAAGUUUGUAACUGAAACACAAUGCUACAAAGCAAAAUAAUAAAUUUGACAGUGCGCGAUGUAAGAUUCCCCACGUCACUGGAACAACAUGGAUCGGAUGCAAUGCACACCGAUCCAGAUUACUCUGUCGCAUAUGUUGUUCUCGAGACGGACUCGGAUGCUACACUGAAGGGUUAUGGCUUGACAUUUACUAUAGGAAGAGGGACGGAAAUCGUGGUGUGUGCAGUUAAAGCCUUGUCUACUUUGGUGGUCGGGAAGACUUUGAAGGAGAUAGUCAGUGACUUCAGAAGUUUCUACAGACUCCUGAGCAGCGAUGGUCAGAUGAGAUGGAUUGGACCAGAAAAGGGAGUGAUUCAGCUGGCGAUAGCAGCCAUUCUGAAUGCUGUCUGGGAUUUAUGGGCACGAGUGGAAGGCAAGCCCUUGUGGAAGCUACUUGUUGACAUGGAUCCUGCCAAGUUGGUCAGCUGUAUUGAUUUCAGAUAUAUUACUGAUGCACUGACUGAGCAGGAAGCUUUGGAUAUACUAGUAAAAGCAAAAACGGGGCAGAAAAAUAGAGAGGAGCAGAUGUUAAAGGAAGGCUAUCCUGCCUACACCACUUCCUGUGCCUGGCUGGGAUACUCUAACCAACAACUAACCCAGCUCUGCUCUGAUGCUCUUGCCCAAGGAUGGACUAAAUUUAAAGUGAAGGUUGGGGCUGAUUUGCAGGAUGACAUCCAUAGAUGCAGCCUUAUCCGGAAGUUGAUUGGACCAAACAACGCCCUGAUGAUUGAUGCCAACCAGCGAUGGGAUGUUAAUGAAGCGAUUACUUGGGUAACUAAGCUGGCAGAGUUUCACCCACUAUGGAUUGAAGAACCCACAUGCCCUGAUGAUAUUUUAGGUCAUGCUUCCAUCUCUAAGGCACUUGCACCCUUGGGUAUUGGAGUCGCCACUGGAGAGCAGUGCCAUAACAGAGUGAUGUUUAAGCAGUUUCUCCAGGCCUCGGCUCUACAGUUUGUUCAGAUUGACAGUUGUAGGGUGGGCAGUGUAAAUGAAAACCUUGCCAUCAUACUCAUGGCUGCCAAGUUUAAUGUUCCUGUGUGUCCUCAUGCCGGGGGUGUGGGACUGUGUGAACUUGUUCAGCACCUUAUUUUAUUUGACUACAUUUCAGUGUCUGCUAGUUUAAAUAAUAGGAUGUGUGAGUAUGUAGAUCACCUUCAUGAACAUUUUAAAAGCCCCACCAUCAUCAGAAAUGCCCACUACAUGCCUCCAGAGGACCCUGGAUACUCUUGUGAAAUGCUGGAAGAGUCUGUGCAAAAACACCAGUAUCCUCAGGGUGAGGUUUGGAGAGCCAUUGAGAAGCAGGGGAUUCUUUAAAAAUGAACACAUACUGUAUGUGCUGUUGACGGUGACAGAAAUUAUAACAUUACUGCUUUCUAUAACUAACUUUGGCAGUGCAAAGGAAUGAGAAGGGUAAAUAGAUAAUAAAAUGAUUUCCUUAAUAUAGUACAACAGAAUGUGGAAAUCUGUAUCAGAAAUCUGAUUCCUUUAUCAGUUUGAUCAAUUCAUACUUUAAUGUGUAAGAUAUAAGAUGUAUGCUUGAAAUGUACAGUAACUAUGCAGCCAUGGAGGGAAAUGGAACAAAUGUAUGCUAAAACUACUGCUGUCUUAAUUUACAAAUACAGCCUAGGGAAGUGACUAACAAUGGGGAAUUUUAUUUGCUUAUUACUGUUUUUGUUUGUUUGUUUUUUGUUCUUCUUUUUUAAUUUCUUACACACUAAAAGCUGUACUUGAGGGACAUUCCAUUCACUAUUCACUCAUGUACUAAAUCCUCAGAUCAUGUCUGCAAAACUGCAAGUACAUUAUCUACUUUACACUCUGUUUGCGAUUGUAAAACAAACUUUUUGCAAUAUGCUAAAUACAGUUUUUAACAUUAGGCACAUCAUUCAGAUGCCACUGCCGUUUAAAUGCCACAGUUAUUCACUGAUUACCGACACCCAGUGAUCAUGUGUGGAAAACAUUUACAGUGGCGGCCAAAAUUAUUAGAACGCUGGUUUAAAGUAGUUGUUUUUUGCUGUAGUGUGUCAGUAGGAAAUCACAUUUCCAAACAUUUAUUUUGCCAAUAAUCCAGUGAGAUUUUUGUUUGCACAAGGAGUCUGACAAUAGCCAGUGCUCCACACAGAGAUCUGAUCUCAUCAUCAUCCAGUCCGUCUGGAAUGACAUGAAGAAACAGAACAAACGGAGACAGACUAAAUAUUGUGGCAACAUCUCCAAGAUGCUUCAAGAAACCUACAUGUAUAGCCACAGUACCACUUAAAAAAAAACUUGUAAAAAUGCUGUAAAAUUAGGAUGCUGUCAAAAAAAAGAUUUUCUUUAUCAACUAACUUCUAUUAACUAAAUUAAAUCAGCCUUUGGUGUGACCAUCCUUUGCAUUUAAAGCAGCUUUUUGCCCUUUUUUGCUUUUUUGCGCAUAGUUUUUCAGGUAGCUUUGCAGGUAGGUCUCUUGAAGCAUUGAGACCUCCGAGAUCUCAGAGACGUUGCCACAGUUCCUCUGGAUUUAGAUAAAUAACUGACUUAAAACCAUCUUUAGCUGAUGAAAAUACUAGUGUUUAGUAAAUGCCACCAACGUAUAUGUAUAUAAAUUGUUUGCCUAGAACAACAACAACAAAAAAACUCCAUUGCACAUUGAACGAAGUAGUUUUACUUUUUUUUACUGUACUUAAGUACAUUUUCCAAGUAUCUGUACUUUACUGGAGUAGUUUUAUUGUAACUUUUACUUUUACAUUACUACAUUCCAAAGCAUAAAAUUGUAGGCUACUUUUUUACUUUACUACAUUUCAUAAAACAUAUUGUUACUCCUUAUAAUACAUCACAUGCUCCGAGACGCAGAAGCUGUGUCUAAUGUUAAAUCGGUUGACAAAUCGCACGUAAUGAUUCAUUCACGAAUUGGAAUGAUCCGAUUGCAGCUGUUCGCGAGUCGACAACUCACUGAUUCAGAUGAUCCGUUUAGAGCGAGUCUCCAGUGAACUGAAGAGUUCAGGAGAACCAGGAGAUCAUGUGAGCGCGCGCGAUUGAUGCUUCAAAAAGUAAUUUACUAAUGUCGAAUUUUAGGAUUAUUAUUGUACUGGAAAGUCAUAUUUGGGUCAAAACUGUCAGUUGCUGUAAAGGGUGAUCUAUUUAAGCCCACUGAAAUGCUUGAAUACAGACACAUCAACAUCACUGUCUGCCUCUAUGUUUUAGGUCAAAAAAUAAAACAUCAAAAAAUAACAGACUAAAUACAAUAACUCAUGCACGUUCAUAUAGUUUUAUUAUAGCCCUAUGUGACGUCUGUUUUUAUACUGUGUAUCAACGGUAUACAUUUUUAUAUUGUUUGGAUCAAAUAGCCGAGUAGAAAGAUAAGAAUGUUUAUUCAUAACCAUACUGAAACCAUACUAGCAUACUGUUAGCUAAUGCUAACUGUCUAGCUAACAAGCUUGCUGGUGCUAAGUUGAGGUCUUUUUUUUUUUAGAUAUAAAGUCCAAAUAUUUUUAUUCAACCAUCUAGAUAGAUGCAUCUGAGGGAAAAAGAAAGAAUGUGAUGUUUAGAACAUGGCAACUACAGUAAUUAUCAAAGUGGGAAGUGAUGCCCUCUGGGGGCAUUUGGCCAGGGGUGUUUUUACACCACAGACAAGGUUUGAAAAGAAACAAAAAAUCAUUAUGAAAAUAUAUAUAUAUUUUUUUGUUAAAACAUUCUUACAUCAGGCUUUAUUCUCAUAUAAUAUAUAACUGUGACAUUCUGCAAAAUAACAAGUUGAAACAGUGGUAGUAGCAAACACUAAUAGAUUCUUAGUUCCCACAUUGUAGUGGUUGAAGCAGUGAAAGCAGCAAAAAUGUGAAAAUGUUGACAUUAGGUCAUCCUAGGAAAAAAAAAAACACCUGCCUAUAGCCUUAGUAAUCCUGAAGACAACGAUUAGCUUGUUCAGGUGUGUUUGAUUAGGGUUGGAGCUAAACUGCAGGUCUGCAACUUGACUACCCCUGUCUGAUCACAUUACUGUAUGUCAGAUAAUAUUGUUUUUUUAAUCAUUUCUAGGACAUUGUGCCAUAUGGAUACUGGAAUUCACGUAUACACUCAAAAUACAUCCCUUUGAGGAACACCUUACAGUUUCUUAAGUGGAGGAAUGUCUUGUAGUCAAUUACAUUUAUUUGGAGAAACUCAUGAGCUGCUUGUAGACAUCUUGUUGCCACCCUCGGGUUCUUUGGGCACUUCCUGAAGCAUGUGGUGCUCUACUUUUAAAUGAUUUUGGUGCCAUAGCCUGGCUGGGUUAAAUGGCAUGGUGGAUUUUAAAUGCCUUGGAAAUGCCUUUAAAUCCCAGACCUCUAAGCAGCUCUUUGCUCUUUUGAUCUUGACAUGGUGGCACCAUGUACAGUGGGGGGGAAAACGAUUUGAUUCCUUGCUUAUUUUGUAUGUUUCCCCACUGACAAAGAAAUCAUGAGUCUAUAAUUUAAUGGUAGGUUA